UUUCUUUUGGCAGCGAUUUUUACAGAUUCUAUCUGGGUGCUGACACCCAGCCAUUCCUCUACCAAUGAAGUACAUCCUAGUCACCGGUGGGGUGAUCUCGAGCAUUGGGAAAGGGAUCAUCGCGAGCAGCAUUGGGACGAUUCUAAAAUCAUGGGGACUCCGAGUUACCGCCAUCAAAAUCGACCCCUAUAUCAACAUCGAUGCAGGCACUUUUUCACCUUAUGAGCACGGAGAAGUGUUUGUCUUAAACGAUGGUGGAGAAGUUGAUUUAGACCUUGGAAAUUAUGAAAGGUUCUUGGAUAUUAAUCUUUAUAAAGACAACAACAUCACCACUGGGAAGAUAUAUCAGCAUGUGAUUAAUAAAGAGAGGCGUGGUGACUACCUGGGGAAAACAGUACAAGUUGUCCCUCACAUUACUGAUGCUGUCCAGGAGUGGGUUAUGAAUCAAGCCAUGGUACCAGUGGAUGGUCAUAAGGAGGAGCCCCAAAUAUGUGUUAUUGAGUUGGGUGGCACCAUUGGAGACAUUGAAGGAAUGCCAUUUGUGGAAGCAUUCAGACAAUUUCAGUUUAAGGCAAAAAGAGAGAAUUUCUGUAACAUUCACGUUAGCCUUGUCCCACAGCCCAGUGCUACCGGAGAACAAAAAACCAAACCCACACAAAACAGUGUUCGUGCGCUGAGGGGGUUGGGCCUGUCUCCUGAUCUGAUCGUCUGCCGGAGUUCGAAGCCCAUCGAAAUGGCUGUGAAGGAAAAGAUUUCUAUGUUUUGUCAUGUGAACCCUGAACAGGUCAUAUGUAUCCAUGAUGUUUCUUCUACAUACCGAGUGCCUGUGCUUUUGGAGGAACAAGGCAUUGUUAAAUAUUUCAAAGAGAGAUUGGAUUUGCCCAUUGGUGAUUCUGCAAAUAAUUUGCUUUUCAAGUGGAAAAAUAUGGCUGACAGGUAUGAAAGGCUACAGAAAACGUGCUCCAUAGCCCUGGUCGGCAAAUACACCAAGCUGAGGGACUGCUAUGCCUCUGUGUUUAAGGCUCUGGAACACUCAGCCUUGGCCAUCAACCACAAGUUGAAUCUGAUGUACAUCGACUCCAUUGAUCUGGAGCACACCACUGAAACUGAGGACCCUGUGAAAUUCCAUGAAGCGUGGCAGAAGCUAUGCAAAGCUGAUGGUGUUCUGGUGCCAGGAGGCUUCGGAAUCAGAGGAACAUUGGGCAAACUCCAGGCGAUUUCUUGGGCAAGGGCAAAGAAGAUUCCUUUUCUGGGAGUUUGCCUUGGGAUGCAACUAGCAGUGAUAGAGUUUGCAAGGAGCUGCCUUAACUUGAAAGAUGCCAAUUCCACAGAAUUUGAGCCAAGUGCCCGUGUUCCUGUGGUGAUUGAUAUGCCGGAACACAACCCUGGCAAUUUGGGAGGAACAAUGAGGCUGGGAAUAAGAAGAACUGUUUUCAAAACUGAAAAUUCAAUAUUAAGUAAGUUUCUCAGAUUGUUUGUUUUAAGACAUCGGGUGUCAUUCGCCUUGCCCUUCCACCUCUCCGCUUUCCUUCCAGCCUUCCUCUCACCUGUCUCCCCCUAG